AAAGACUUAGACUUUUUGUAUAAUAUUUCUUCAUAUCCUCACCUCUCUUGUUAGUUGUUACAUCAUUCCUUUCCAAACACCAAAUCAACAUUGAGGAAUCUACAAAAAGUAUGGAUCAAAAUCAUUUUAUCACAAUAGACCAUGAAAUUGAGUUAAUGAGUACCCAAAUGAAACAACCACCAAAGUUACUACUUAAAUUAGCUGGCAGGAAAUCCUGUUGCAUUUUUAGAAUCCCUCAAAGUCUAGAUAAGCUCCUUUAAGAAGCAUAUCGACCUCGAAUCGUCUCGAUUGGCCCAUACCAUUAUGGAAACAAGGAUCUUGAAAUGAUUCAAGAGCAUAAAUGGAGGUUUCUUAAUGACUUUAUCACACGAGGAGGUAGGCCACUUAAGCUUUUCAUGGAUAUUGUAGUGUCAAUGGACGUUCAAAUUCGAGAAAGCUAUUCGGAGUCUAUUGAUGGUUUUAGUAAAAAUGAGCUUGCUAAAAUGAUGGUGCUUGAUGGGGUUUUCUUGAUUGAGUUGUUUCGAAAAGUUGGGAGAUUGUCUCCGGUUCAUCAAGAUGAUCCGAUUUUUAAAAUGAUUUGGGUGUCACCUCUUUUAAUGAUGGAUAUAUUGAAGAUUGAGAACCAAAUACCAUUUUUUGUUCUGCAAAAGCUGUAUGAUGAGUCUAGAACUGAUGAACGUACACUUCCUUCUUUAAUCUUCGAGUUUUACAAUUACUUAGUUGAUAGGCAACCAAAGAUAUUGAAAAAAUGUGAGAAUCUUGAAGGGAAACAUUUACUUGAUCUUUUUCGUAAGAGUUUUAUAAAUACUAAUAACAAUGGAGAUUCGAUUAGGAGGUGUGAAAACGCUCCACUUAAACUCAUCCAACCCGCGACCGCACUUGCUAUCAAAGGAGUCAAGUUCAGGGCCAAUCACCAAGCCGAAAGCUUCUUGGAUAUCGAGUUCGAAAAUGGGAUCCUUUACAUUCCUCAAAUUAACAUGGAUGAUUUUUACAGUUCAUUCUUUUUGAACUGUGUGGCAUUCGAGCAAUGUUAUUUUCAUUGCUCAAAAGACAUUACAACAUACGUGGUGUUCAUGGGAUGUCUCAUGAACACCUCAACAGAUGCCAGUGUGCUUUCCGGAAGUAAAAUUAUUGAGAAUUACUUUACAGAUUCAGAAACUGCAGAAUUCUUCUUUCAUAUAGGAAAAGACGUGGCUUUUGAUAUCAAGAAUAAUUACCUACAAGGUUUGUUUAAGGAAGUAAAUGAUUAUUGUAAGAAUGGGUGGCAUGUGGGUUGGGCCGGGUUUAUCCAUAAAUUUUAUUUCGAGAACUGGCCUGUUCUUUCAGCACUUGCAGCUUUUAUGUUGCUUUCUCUUGCUGCUCUCCAAACUUUUUACACCGUUUAUCCAUACUACCGCAAAGAUAAGUGAUACUAUAAUUAGUGGUUUGAUGCGGUGGCAAGUCGUGGAUGCAGAACACUCGGAAGAUGAUGUUGGGUUAAUCUUGAUGGGUAUGGAUUAAAUGACUUCGGGUCAAGAUGUCAAUGAGUCGGUUUUUAAUUAUCAUGUGUCUAGUGUCUAAGUAUGUGUCUUUAGUAAGUUUAAAGUAGUUAUUAGGCAAGUUAUUUGGUAGUAGGCUUUUGUUUAAUGAAUGAGUAAGCUUUUCUCCCA